AUGCAGUCUGAACGUCCAUUCCGAAUCAUUGUUGUUGGUGCGGGUGUAGCAGGGCUGGUAGCCUCCAACAGCCUCCAGCGGCUCGGCAUUGACCAUGUUGUGCUCGAAAAGCAUGCUGGAGUUGCGCCGCCAAUGGGCAAUGGCAUCUCCAUGUGGCCACACGGCCUUCGGAUUCUCCAUCAACUCGGCUAUCUUCCUGCUAUUCAGCGUGACGCGGUGCCAGUUAACCGCUUCUUGGGCCGUGGACCGGAUGGCCGGGUGAUACACGAUAAUCUACUAUAUACCCAUGUUGAGAAGAAACGCAAUCUCCUGCAGAUUCUGUACGACGGCUUGCCGGACAAGUCAUUUGUGCAUACCAAAGCAAUUAUCGAAAACGUGAAGCAGUUUCCAGACAGGGUGGAGGUCUGCCUUGCAGACGGCACUAUUGAGACUGGCGACAUGGUCCUUGGUUGUGAUGGAGUCCACAGCUUGAUUCGGAGCUUCAUGUGGGAUCAUGCGACAAAAACCUCACCUGGCUUGAUCCAAGUUAAAGAAAAGACCUCCCUGAAUACCAAUUGGAAGACGCUCUUAGUUUCCACACCUCCCAUCCCCGAGCUUGGUGAGCGGGAAGUUAAUAUAACUUAUAACAAUAGGUUCACCUUCCUUGCCACCUCUCAGCCGGAUGCUGUCUACGUCGUCGUGGUCUUCCUCCUUGACACGCCGUUCACCUGGCCAAAACGACAGCGCUUCACUGAUGAGGAUGCCAAUGCACUGGCGGAACUUGUUGCUGAUAAGCCCGUCACCGACCAAUUGCUAUUCUCUGAGAUCUGGAGACAACGUACCCGGGCCUCUGUCAUCUCACUUGAAGAGGGCGUGAUGGAGCACUGGCAUCAUGGUCGUAUUUGUCUUCUCGGCGAUGCAGUUCACAAGAUUCAUCCUAAUCUUGCUCUUGGCGGAAACUCGGCCAUUGAGGGCGUUGCGUCCUUUAUGAAUAACCUCUGUCGUGUGAUGCGGACCACCUGUGGCGGUACCAAACCAAGCGGCACUGCGCUCAAUAUGGUAUUCGCUGCAUAUCAGAAGGAGCAGCGCCAACGCAUCAAGGAGUUGAUGAAUCUCAGUCACAUGGCAGCAAAGAUGCAUACCUACGCCACCCCCCUUCACAAGCUUCUGGCAAACUGGAUCUUCCCACUAUGUGAUGACAGGAUGCUGGCAAACCACGUUGGAGCAUACUUUACUUCGGCGCCCAAGCUGGACUUUCUUCCCUGUGUAGGGUUUCCGUCUGGGCUGCUGCCAUGGGCAGAGUAUGACCAGAACGAUGAUCCCCGGAAUCAUCAUAUCAAUGGCCAUGUCAAUGUCAAUGGAUAUGCUAAUGGCCAUGUAGCCGCCUAUUGA